CGGGGAGAGGCGCGGCGGGCGCCGCGGGAACCAUGACAGAAGAUGACCGAGGCGGCGCUGGUGGAGGGCCAGGUCAAGCUGCGGGACGGCAAGAAGUGGAAGACUAGGUGGCUGGUGCUGCGCAAGCCGUCGCCGGUGGCAGACUGCCUCCUGAUGCUGGCCUACAAGGACAAGUCUGAGCGAGCCAAGGGCCUGCGGGAGCGCAGCAGCCUGAUGCUGGAGGACAUCUGCGGCCUGGAGCCCGGCCUGCCCUACGAGGGCCUGGCCCACACGCUGGCCAUCGUCUGCCUGUCCCAGGCCGUCAUGCUGGGCUUCGACAGCCGCGAGGCCAUGUGCGCCUGGGACGCCCGGAUCCGCUACGCGCUCGGUGAGGUGCACAGGUUCCACGUGACGGUGGCUCCAGGCACCAAGCUGGAGAGCGGCCCCGCCACCCUUCACCUCUGCAACGACGUCCUCGUCGUGGCCAGGGACAUCCCUCCGGCUGUCGCGGGGCAGUGGAAGCUGUCUGACCUCCGGCGCUACGGGGCCGUGCCCAGCGGAUUCAUCUUCGAAGGCGGGACCAGGUGUGGGUACUGUAAGUAUGCGGGGCCGCUCGGAGUUCGGCUUCACCCCAAAACCCUCGGCCUGGAGCCGCCCGCCCCACCCGUGUGCUCGCUUGGCUGGCGUCUUGGAAACGUGGUGGGCGAGGCCAGGUGUCUCACAGCCCAGUGCUCAGCGCUGAGGCCACCGAGGAGGGAGGACGGACCCUCCGGCCGCAGCCCACCCGCACCCCUGCAGCCAGGCCUGCCUGUCACGACGCAUGGCCUUGUGCCUGAAGUCACAGUCAGCCUGUCCAGCUCGUCCUCGGAGGCCAGCCACUCGGACGUCAGUGCCGGCAGCCGGCUCACGGCGUGGCCCGAGCAGUCCUCGUCCUCGGCCGGCACGUCGCAGGAGGGCCCGGGGCCGGCGGCCGCCCAGGCCCCCGGGGAGGCCGCGCCGGGCGCCUCGAGGCCGCCACCCAAGCCCCUGCGGCCGCGGCAGCUGCAGGAGGUCGGCCGCCAGAGCUCGUCGGACAGCGGCAUCGCCACGGGCAGCCACUCCUCCUACUCGGGCAGCUUCUCGUCCUGCGCGGGCAGCAGCCUGGACGUGUGGCGCGCGGGCGACGAGUUCGGGUCCUCGCUCAGCCUGCCGCCCGCGGCCGGGGUGCCCGACCCCAGCCUGUGCGCCUGCCCGCCGGGGACGGCCGAGUACCAAGUGCCCGCUGCCCUGCGGCCACAUUAUGACACGCCACGCAGCCUGUGCCGGGACGCCAGGGACCAGACCGCCACCGCACAAGGCAGCCCCGACGACGGAGGGGCCGGGGACUUGGGUGGCCAGGCGUCCGCGGGGUGUCCCUCCGGCUGGCUGGGCGCGAGGCGGCGGGGACAGGCGGCGGAGGCCCCGGGCAGCGAGGCCCCCGGCGGGGCCUGGGAAGCAGGCAGUCCCCACGCGGGGCUUCCUCCGGCUUUCUUUUCCACUUGUCCCGUCUGUGGAGGACUCAAGGUAAACCCCCCUCCCUGAGAGCCGUGGCCCAGGCCCGCUGCUGCGGGGGGCUGGUUCGUCUCUCCCGACAGGAGGGGAGGGGGCGCCUUUGUGCUGCUGGCGGGGCCAGCCGCUGUGUGGCGCGGUGGGGAGGGCACAGCGGCGACAACCCCAGAGCCUCCUCCUCUCUGGGCGUGAGGCCUGCAGGGGGGGCCCACGGGACUGACCGGGAUGCGGCCGGAAGUACGUUCUGGAAAAGAGGGGCAGGCGGGGGGCUGGCAGAGUCCCAGAGCCCGAGGAUCAGGUGCUGGGGGCACAGGAGGGUGCUGUGUCCUAGGUGGCUCAAGCCGUGCCCUCGGGGUGAGCAAGGCUGGGGGCGCCCCUCGCUGGCCUGUGCCACUGCCUGCCUGCGGACGGCCACUCUCACACCUCAGGUCCGUCCCCUCCAGUGCACAGUCACCCCGCCCGACAAGUUAGGGCCCCCUGCAGCCGCCGCAGACCCCCGGUUGCCGGGCCAGGAGCACGGCACGUCGUGCGUACGAGAGCUUUACCGAUCUGCCCCGCCCCGCCCCUCCUCUGCAAGGCAGCACCACUGCUGGCCCGUCCACCAGGGGAGGAAACUGAGGCUCAGGAGGUACAGGGGCUUGUAGGGUCUGGGUGUCCACGGCUCACCCGCCAGCCUUUCCCUGAAGCCGCAGCCUCCGGGGUGAGGGCCGGGCCGGGGGGCGGGGUGGUGAUGUCCCUUCCACCAGCUAGCCCGGCAGGGCCAGCUUGCCAGGGGGCCCCUGUGGAAGCUCUCGAAGCUGCACCGUCCUCCCCCGCCACCCCCUGGCUGAGUUCGAGGCUGGAGCUCGGGCCUCCGGGGCCCGUCCCUUGGCAUCCGGAGGGCACGUGGGCGCCCUCCGCGUCUGUCUGCUCGCCUGCAUGGGGUGCGGCUGCGUUGCCUGGUUUGUCCAUCGCUCUGCGGCUUCGUGCACCCGCGAGAGGCGGGGCCUGUGCGGCUCCGGGCUCCGGUUGGCGCCGUCCCGCGCUGUCCGGAGUCACCCCCAUCGGGGGGCAAACAGCUCACCUGUAAAUACGUGGCUCUGUACCUUCACCGUCGGCUGAAGACGUUGGUCGCUCUUACAUUUUUGAAGUCUGACGCUGUUUGUAAUACGUCCUUAGACUGGAAAUAAAAUUUUCUUUUCUUA